UAUUUAUAGACUCCGAAGAAUUUGUUGGGACUGUUAAUUCCUGUUUAGUUUACGAUUCCACAUUUCAUCAACAUACAGACAAUUACGUGCAUUCAGUCCGAGAACACCAUUUUCUAUGUAUAAUUGAGUUUUUGCUGCUUUUGGAAAAAAACAAAUAACUUAACAUCAUGGGGAAGUGUUAAAAUGCAUGGCAGUUUGGACUGCCAAAUUACAAAAGAACAUAUUCAAAUCAAAAUAUUUUGAUUUGGUAUUUAAUUGAUAUUGGAAGCAGAUUUCAUUAGAAUGAAAUGAUGGCUGAUGUUUUAAUGGAAAGAGGAUAUAGUUAUCAUGCAAUGUUUAUUUACAAUAAACCAAAGCUAAAAAACAAUCGUAAUAGAAACCAGGACUUUCAAGUUUCCUUUGAUGUUGUUAAGUAUGCAGCAGAUAAACUGGCAUCAAGGGGAAUCAGACAGACUUACUAUCAUGACCGAGAUGCCUUACCAGGAAGUAAUAUAUUUGGUGAAUUUUUUGAUACUGUGAAAGCAUCAAGAUACACUGUUGUUGUACUUACAAGAGGGUUUUUAAAUGACUGUUGGGGAAAGUACAAAUCCCAGGCAGCAUUUUCUAACUUGAUAGAACAGGAUAACUCAAAAAGAUUUAUUGUCUUGAAUAUUGAUUUAGAAGAUCAACAAAUACCAGAUGAGUUUAAUACUAUGGAGAGUCUUUCCUUUAAAGCUGACUGGCAAAGUGAGCAUACUGAGUGGGAAAGGUUUAUAAACAUUUUUACACCAAAAGUCAGACAACCUGUACAGGACACAGGACCAGAUCGCUUUCCAGUGACAUACAAUAAUUCUGGUUCUGAUUCAAUCCUAAAUAGGAGAGAAAAUGUACAACACCCUCAAGCAAGUCUUCAUGGGAAUAAUCUCCUUGCUGGAGUGCAAGAAACAAAUCCACCAAAUUAUCCAAGAGCAAACAGUAUUGUUGAAACAGAUGCAGGGCCACAGGAACCACCAGAAACUGCUGACAACUUACAUCCAGAGAAUCCAAAUACAACAAAUAGAUCUGGAAAUGGAAAUCCUUCAAACCAACAAUCAGGUGGAGGUAACCAACAUAGUUUGGGAGCUUCAGAGACACAAUCAGAAGGUGGACCAGUUAUUUACCAGAGGACCAGUACAAAUGGAUUGAAUUCUAACAAUUCAUCUUCAACAUCAUCAUCAUCAACUUCAAGUCUGCUGGUUGAAAAUGGUCAAAGCUCAACACAAACAGGUCCUGAUCACACAUUGUCAGUGGCCACUCCUCCAACCACAGUAAUGUCUACUACAGGGAACAAUAUUGAGGAACCAGCAGCUUUAGCAGUAGCCUCAGCAAUUACUGCAAUGCAGAAUUCUGGUACUAGAGCUCAGGCAGUAGCCUCAGUAAGAACUGCAAUGCAGAAUUCUGGUACUAGAGCUCAAACAGUAGCCUCAACAAGUACUAUAAUGCACACUUCUGCUAGUAGAGAGCCUCCUGAUGGUGCAGCAACUUUGACUAACUCACCAUUUAUAACCAUGCACAAUUCUUCAGAUACAAAUGUAAAGAAUAUAGUUGGCAGAGACAAUGGCAAUGAAGAUUAUCCUUCCAGUAGUUUAAACAGAAGUGAUGUGGAACCUGAUAACAAUAGUGGAAGUGUCAGUAACUCCACAGAUAAUCAGUUGAGCACUUAUCCACUUAUCAGGAAAAGUCAUACCUGUCCACUGCCACCUGAACAGUUAGUUUGUCCAAAAGAUAAACAUUCCAAUUCUCAGCACGAUAGUGGAUAUGCUCCCAGUCUGGACUUGCAAUCUGUUUUAAAUGAUCAUCAAGAGACAAAUGGUUUCACCACUUCUGACAUAGGAAUAAACAGACCAACUGCUAAUAGUAGUGCUCCACUGACAAGCAAUAGAGAUGGGUGUAAAUCAAUGGACAGAUCUGCUAAAAACAGCCAAGGUACUUCCCUUUUAUUGUCUACAAUGAGACAGAUGCUACCUGGUGCAACCUCUACAAUGAGAAAUACUGUGGGGACAAUGUUUAAACACUCAGUGAACUUUGUAAAUAAAUGUGACCAAAGUUUUAUUUAAAUAGAUUAUAUAUUAAUUGUUUAAACUUUUAACCUAACUGUUUGGUUUUAUUAAAGUUUAUAUUUAG